AUGGCAGCGGCUCGAUUUAUACGUUUUUUCAGUCGUCGUCAAACAAAAAAUUCAACAACAACAUUAAAUGAUGAAAAUCUUCAUUAUACAAAUUCAAAUGGAAAAAUUUGUUCAACUGGGAAGAAACAACAACAACAUCAACAAUCAAUACCAAUUAAGAAUGGUCUUGUUUGUACUGUUGUAUUUCUUGAUGGUGAUGAUGUCAAUUUUGAAGUAGAUCGCAAAGCUCUUGGAAAAAGUCUUUAUGAUAAAGUUAUUGCUCAUACAAAAUUAGUUGAACCAGAUUAUUUUGGUUUACAAUUUACUGAUACACAUAAUGUUAAACAAUGGUUAGAUCCGACAAAAUCGUUAAAAAAACAAUGCAAGAUUGGACCACCGUAUACAUUUCGAUUUCGUGUUAAAUUUUAUACAUCCGAUCCACAAAAUCUUCGUGAUGAAUUAACAAGAUAUUUAUUUGUAUUACAACUUAAAGAUGAUAUUCGAACGGGUAAAUUAGAUUGUCCAUCUGGUCCAGAUAUUGAAUUGGCUGCAUUAUCUAUGCAAGCUGAAUUGGGUGAUUAUACAAGUGAUGAACAUUCAGUUGAAACUAUAUCAGAAUUUCGUUUUUUAUCUGAUGAUAAACAAACAGAAGAAUUUGAAGAACAUGUUAUACAAAAAUGGUCAACAUACAAAAGUUUAACACCAGCUGAUUGUGAAAUACAAUAUUUAAAUAAAGCACGAUGGUUAGAAAUGUAUGGUGUUGAUUUACAUACAGUAAUGGGUAAAGAUGGUUUAGAAUAUAAACUUGGUUUAACACCAACUGGUAUUCUUGUUUUUGAAAAUAAAAUUAAAAUUGGUUUAUUUGUUUGGUCAAAAGUAACACGAAUAGAUUUUAAUCGUAAUAAAUUAACAAUAGUUGUUGUUGAAGAUGAUGAUAAUGAUCCAACAUUACAACGUGAUUUUGUAUUUUUAUUUCGUUGUUAUGAUGAAAAACAAUGUAAACAUUUUUGGAAAUGUGCUAUGGAAUAUCAUAUUUUUUUUCGUACAACAUCAGCAUCAAAAGUAAAACAAGGUGUUAAAUCAAAUUUUGCACGUACUGGUUCAAGAUUUCGAUUUAGUGGAAGAACUGAAUGUCAAGCAGCAACAUUAGGAAAUUUAACUCGUCGUAGUAUAAAUUUUGAACGUAAAGCAUCACAACGUUUUUCACGUCGUGCAUCAUAUGCAAUAAGAAAAAAAAUUCAAGAACAAGAAAUUUUACGUGAACAAGAAGAUGAACGUUUAAAAAAAUUAAAAUUUGAACAAGAAUUAAAAUUAGAUGAAUCAAAAAAAUCACCUGAAAAAAAUCAAGAUUCAAUAACAAUUAAUAAGCGUUCAUCAUCACAAAAAAAUUUAAAUCUAUCACCAACUCAACGUCUUGAGAAUCUUAUUCAAGCUUCUACCAAUGAUUCAGUACUGGAAGACAAUGACUUGAAAAGAAAUACGUCAGGUCUUCCUCGUCCGCCACCAAUUCCUCCUCGACAAACAAAAUCUGAUGAUAAACCAAUAACAUCACCAUCACCAGCGCCAUUGACCCUUAUGAAAUCAUCAAAUACAAUUACUUCUUCGAUAAAUGAUAAUAACAAUAUCAAUACAACAAAAGAAUCAGCACAUGAUAACAAUGAUCAAUCAUUAUUAAUUCAAAUGUCACCACAAAAAACAUCUACUUUACCAACUAAUUCAUCUAUUUCUUCACCUACUGGCAAAGUGAACAGUCCACUUAAUCGAUAUACAUUAGGAAAUAGUCAAUCACCAUAUGUUCUCAAGCAAACUAGUAGAAUAUCUUUACAUGAAAAAUUUCCUAUUAUAUCUGACUUAAUAUCCUAUUCAUCAUAUGAUAAUAUAUUAAAUUAUUGUAUAAAUUCUAAAACAGAUUCAAAUCUAAUCUAUGCACAUAUAGAUUAUAAUCCUAAAGAAAAACAAUCUGAAAAUCGUUAUGCUAAUUAUGAUAAUCUAUCAUAUUUAACUAAAAAAACUUCUAGAAAAGGAAAAAUUUCUUCAUGUAAAGAUUAUUUUGCUAAUACAAAAAAUAUUGUUUUUACUGAUAAUAAACAACAAUCAACGACAGUAAAUUCGAAUUUAACUAAUAAUCAAAAUUCUUUAAAUUCUCCUGCUCCUGUUAUUGUAACACGUACAUUAAGUACAUCAAAUGUUCGUAAUGCAUCAUCAACCAUUGUUCAAACAACACCAACUAAUUGUCAAACAACAACAUCAUCAUCAUUAUCAGUUCCAUUACCACAUCUUUAUCCUCGUACUGCAAAUCGUAGUUCAUCAUCACCAUCUGUUGGUGUGAUUCCAUCAUAUCAUCCAAUCACAACCGAAUUAUAA